UUUUUCUUUUCUUUUUCUUUUCUUUUUUUUUCUUAUCUCUUCAUUCUGCCAGUGCAGAAUAUCACUCUCCACUCUGCAUUCUUCUUACUCCACUCCCCACUCUUUUUUGCUCACAUCUAUCCUCGGACGUUACCUAUCAUCCACCCAUCUACCGCGCCUGUCAGUACUGUACAUAUGCAUCUUCUCCCUCGUUCUGCUUGCCCCUGCUUCAAAUCCCCUAAAACACCAACAUCUCAGCAUUAUUAACGACAACGAUAAAGAAAGGAAAAAACAAAGACAUAAGAGAGAUGCCACUACUUAACGUCUCCCGUCCACCUAUGGUCUCAUUAGUGGCUACUAGCCCCUUGCCAAACCUCAACCAAUCCGCAGAGAACUCACCACUGCCAUCGCCUGAGCUUUCACCGCUUAAAUCAGUCAUAGAGCUGCCACCUGCCAUUUCAAUCAUGGACAAGGGUCAGGCAGAGCUUCCAUCGUUGCCUGUCCCUCCUCUAAACCAAACGCUUGACAGGUAUCUGGAAACAGUGCGUCCGCUGGCCACUGAUCAAGAGUAUGAAAACACUGUCGCCGCAGUGAAGGCAUUUAAAGGAGAGUUUGAGGAGAAAUCUGAACAGGGAAGGGACCUUGACCGUCGUUUGCGAGAACAUGCUCGACAAUGCGAGGCUCGUGGAACAAGCUGGCUUGCAGAGUGGUGGGACGAUUGGGCAUAUUUUUCUCACCGAGAUUCGUCCACAUUCUUUGUCAACUAUUACUUUGGUUUUCAAGAUGAUCCACGCAUGCCCACUCAGACUGCACGCGCCGCGCUACUGGUCAGCCUGGCCCUCGAAUUCCGUCAAUUAAUUGCAACAUCGUUAAACUUUAACACUAACCUUCUAUUUGACACGACCAUCAAUGCCUCAUAUAGACGCACACUCACCCCGGAUAUGGCGAGGAAUUCACCUUUUUGUAUGAAUAUGUAUCAGUACCUCUUCAAUUACGCUCGCAUAGCUGGUUCACCCGCAGACACUGCAGUAGGUUUCCCGUUCGAAACCAACAACCACAUCUGUGUUGUCCGCAACGGCAAGUUUUAUAUUUUCGAAACGUUGCACCUACCCUCCAAGCCAUCUUCUGUCCUUAGCCCACGUGAGAUCAUGAUUCAAUUGGAACGUAUCAAAAAGAUGGCAGACGACGACCAUUCGACCGUGCCGAAAGUUGGCAUCCUUUCGACAGGUCAGCGCGAUCAAGCUGCUAAGGACAGAGUUACGCUCUUUGAAGCCCAUACGUCAAAUAAAGCUCAUAUGGCGAAGAUUGAAUCAUCCAUGUUUGUGCUUUGUUUGGACUCAAGCUCCCCCACGACACCAGAAGAGUUUUCAAGAGCCUGCUGGCAUGGCGAUGGCGAAAGCCGAUGGUUUGAUAAAUGUUUUCAAUUGAUUGUCUUUGCCAACGGCCGCGCUGGGAUGAAUGGAGAGCACUCCAAGAUGGAUGCCACACCUACAUCUCGACUCUGCCGUUUUUUAAUCGAUGAAGCUCAAGCCCGCAACCUCCCUGACUUUAGGAACCUGAAUGCAGAGGAUUUAUAUGAGUGCGCCUCGGCCUUGGACAAGCCUCAGCCUCUCAAGUUUGUGUCAAGCCCUGCGCUCGAUCGAGCUAUUGCAGAUGCAUUUACAUACUUCAAAAAGACUGUGGAAGCACAUGAGAUGGUGCCUACUGAAUUCAAGGGAUAUGGCAAGGGCUUGAUCAAGGCCUUCAAAAUGUCGCCUGAUGCCUAUGUUCAGAUGGCGUUCCAACUUGCAUACUAUCGUAAACAUGGCGAACUGGUGGGGACCUAUGAAUCAGCUGCAACCCGCAAGUAUCGCCACGGACGCACAGAGACUGCACGCUCAUGCUCUAUCGAAAGCAAAGCCUUCUGUGAAGCCAUGGUGGACCCUGACAAGAGCCUUAAAGAGAAGGCCGCUGCCUGUCGUGCAGCUGUGGCUCGUCACGCCCAGUACACUGCGUGGGCAGUGGAUGGGCAAGCAGUGGACCGUCACUUACUGGGUUUGCGUUUGAUUCGAAAGCCUGAUGAGCCUGUGCCAACCUUAUUUUCGGAUCCUGUAUUUGCGAGAAGCUGCCGUUGGAGAUUGUCCACUUCACAAAUUUCAGACGAUUGUUUUAUUGCAUAUGGUUGGGGCGAGGUAGUUCCAGAUGGAUAUGGCUGCGCUUACAUGGUCAAAGAAAGAGAGCUUUACUUUUGUGUGACAAGUCUUGGUCUUGGAUCAAAAGAGUUUGGGGAUUAUAUUGUAGAAGCGCUUGAAGAAAUGCGCUUCAUGUUUGAAGAGGUUCGCAAAAUUGAAAAGGCCGAGGCUGCUGAGGCCGCCUUGGCAGCAGCAGCCGCGGAGGCAGAGCGUCUUGCGGCAGAGGCAGCUAUCAAAGCCAGUCAGGCUGAUCAAGCUGAAGCCGCAGUUACAGCAGUGGCGGCUGCUGGCCCUUUGAUCUCACGUAGCCCAUCACCACCAUCUCCAUCUGCACCUGCGCCCCGAACCAGUUUGUUUUUCCAAAAGAAUGACCCUGUACUUCGCACGGCACUUGCGCGCAAUGCGAUGGCGACGGCACAGGAGAAGUACUGGUCUGGCAUUGAUGAUAUUGCGUUUGAUGACGUGACCCCUGGAUCACCGAAAUUGAAGACUCGUCCAAUGCAGCCUCCUCCCAGCUCAAUGACCUUAUCGGGCUCAUCGGCGUCCCUUCUAUCAUCCACUUCCUCAAUAUCGUCACCAUCUUACGCUAAUGGAACCCGUUCCCGAUCUUCAAGUCAACAGAGUGGAGUACGUCCUCGCAGUGAUUCUGGAGCGCAAAAGAAGACGUUCCUAGCCAUCCUGAUGGGCGAGGAUAGUGUAUUGCGCAAACUCCGGACACGGCGAGGGUCUAAUCUGGGUAGUAGGAAUAAUACAUCUACAAAUUAG